GAAGACUGAAACUUUUUGUCUCUCAGAAACCCAGUUCCAAAGCAGCAGUAGUUUUAACGUGCUUCUAUCAUGUUUCACUGUGCUUCGAGGACCAGUGAUAACAGCAAGUAUUAUGAGGUCCUUGAUGUCCCAAAAACUGCAAGUCAAGAUGAGCUCAAGAAGGCAUAUCAAAAAGCUGCUAUUAAGAAUCAUCCUGAUAAAGGCGGAGAUACAGAGAAGUUCAAGGAGUUAGGUCAAGCUUAUGAAGUUCUUAAUGAUCCAUAAAAGAGAGAAGUCUAUGACUGAUAUGGUGAAGAUGGUAUUAAAGACGGACCACCUCCUGGUCCCUCACAUAAUCCAUUUGAUAUAUUUGAAACGUUUCUGAAUCCACGUUAUCGUUCACAUGUAAGAAGGCAGAAGCAAGGUGAAGAUGUGGUCCAUAACCUAAAGGGUUCUUUGGAGGAGUUAUAUAAUAGCACAACAAAGAAACUUUCUCUGUCUCGAACUAUUUUAUGUCCCAAAUGUAAAGGAAGGGAGAGCUAUUUAGGAAGGAAGGAUUUAGGAAGGAAGGUGCUGGAUGUGCAAAUAGAGAAGGGAAUGGAGCAUGUACAUAAAAUUGUCUUCAAGGGACAAGCUGAUGAAGCUCCUGAUACAGUUACUGGGGAUAUUGUUAUCAUACUGCAACUCAAGGAGCACGCCAAGUUCAAGCGGAAAUCUAAUGAUCUUUAUGUAGAACACACUCUCAGUUUAACUGAGGCUCUGUGUGGGUUUCAAUUUGUGUUGACUCAUCUUGAUAGCAGGCAGCUUCUGGUCAAAUCAAAUCCUGGGGAAGUCAUGAGGCCUGGUAAUUUUUUGCUAUUUAAUUGCUAGAAUCAUGUUCCUUUAG